GGGUUAGACCUCCUUAGAAACCAAAGCGGAUUUCACUGAGACUGCAGACUGACUCUACAGGGUCUGGGUCUUUGUCUGGUCUUGGUUUUCUGUCCUCUGACGUUGGGUCAGUCUUUGUGUUGUUGUGUGUGUGUGUAUAGUGUGUGUGUGUGUGUUUCCGUCCUGCAGCGGCGUGUUCAGCCUCUCCGUAGAGUUAGCAGACGUUACAGUGAACAGAGUCGACUCCUCCAUGAUGAGAGGAUUAUAUUUAUGUUUCUACACCUGCAGCAGGUUUCUGUCAGAGUGUGUGAGUGUGUGUGUGUGUGUGUGUGUGUGUGUGUGUGUGUGUGUGUGUGUGUGUGUGUGUGUGUGUGUGUGUGAGUGUGUGUGUGUGAGUGUGUGUGUGUGUGAUUAGAGCUAUAAUUAGUCUGCUUAAUUAGCAGAUGUCAAAAUGACUGACAGAUUGAGUCUGACCUGAAGCACUGCUGUGUGUGUGUGUGUGUGUGUGUGAGUGUGUGUGUGUGUGUGUGUGUGUGUGUGUGUGUGUGUGUGAUAAUCCACACAGAAAAGCAGCUUAAGCGUUGGUCUGUUUGUCGGCUGAUGUUAAAAACUCUCACUGUGGUUCAGACUCUCAGAUAUUUAAUCAUAAAGACAAUAAAAGAUGAGAGAGAACGAUGAUGAUGAUGAUACUGAUGAAGACCAUCAUCAUGAUGAAGAUGAUAAUGAUGAUCUUAUAAAUGAUGAUAAAAGGUGAUGACGACCUAAUAAUAAUAAAAAUGUAACGAAGGGUUAAAACGUCAGACUGAAUAAGACGAGAAGAGAUUCAGAGUCAGGAGGAGAGUGACUGAAGGUUCUGGAGCUCAGGGUGGUCAAACGGGGGCAGGUGGUCCGAUGGAGAGUGGGGGGGGGCUGAUGUGAAGGAGGUCAGACAGGUGCAGAGGGGCGGGGUUAUAGACGGAAUCUGACCGUCAGCAGGAGGAGCUUAAAAUCGAUGUGAUAGAUGAUCAGGACCCGCUGACACUGAUGAUGAUGAUGAUGAUGAAGAUGAAGAAGAAUAAGGUUAUGUUUAAAAUAGUAACGAUGAAAAUGAUAAUAAUGCAGAAGAUGAUGAUGAUGAUGAUGAAGAUGAUGAUGAUGAAGAUGAUGAUGAGAAUCUUCUUCCUCUUUGCUGCUUCAGACUGUUGUCAUGCAGAAACUUUCUGAACUUUCACCUCCAUCACCUGACAGACUGACAGCUUAAUGAACACACACACACACACACACACACACACACACACACACACACACACUCACACACACACACACACUGGCUUUUAUUGAAAAGACUCAAACUGGCACAUUUCUUGACCGAGGUCAGAGAGAGAGAGAGAGAGAGAGAGAGAGAGAGAGAGAGAGAGAGAGAGUGUGUGUGUGAGAGAGAGAAAGAGGGAGAGAGAGAGAGAGAGAGAGAGGGAGAGAGAGAGAGAGAGAGGGAGAGAGAGUGUGUGUGUGAGAGAGAGAAAGAGAGAGAGAGAGAGAUCAAAGAGGAAAAAUUAUUAAACACUCUCUCUCUCUCUCUCCCUCUCCCUCUCUCUUUCUCUCUCUCUCUCUCUCCCUCUCCCUCUCUCUCUCUCUCUCUCUCUCUCUCUCCUCUCUCUCUCUCUCUCUCUCUCUCUCUCUCUCUCUCUCCUCUCUCUCUCUCUCUCUCUCUCUCUCUCUCUCUCUCUCUCUCUCUCUCUCUCUCCCUCUCUCUCUCUCUCUCUCUCUCUCUCUCUCUCACACACACACAGAGUUAAUUAAAACGAGGUAAAGGUCGAGUGUAAAGUUCGGAUAAAGCCUCGUUGUCUUUGGUCAAACUGGAUCUGUGCUUCCACAAACAGAGAGGUGCAUUAUGGGUAUCUUGGCGUGGAUCCCUCCUUUAUUCUCUCUCAGUGUUUUUCUGACCUUUACUUUCAGACCAAGAGUGGGUUCAAUCGUUUCAUGUUAAGUUGAUGCAAAGAUGUGGUCAGUCGUGUGUUCGACUCGGGCGACAGCAGCGUUUCCAACUGAGCCGAUAAAAUACCUGAAAGAUGCAAAUCUGCGUCACGUGUAGCACGCCACUUACUUCAAACGCCUAUUGGCGUGAGUUGUAAAUAUCUGAACUCAGAUAUGUUCGCGCCGCGAUAACCAAUCAGCAUGGAGAUACCCCGCUGACGUGUGUCAAGAACCGACCUGCAGAGAUUCACUCAGGAUGGAGACGGACUGAGACCGCCUGAGCUGGACCAAGACUCUGAGACCGCCUGAGCUGGACCGAGACUCUGAGACCGCCUGAGCUGGACCAAGACUCUGAGACCGCCUGAGCUGGACCGAGACUCUGAGACCGGACUAAAGAAGAUCUCAGCUGGAGGACAGAGAGUCAGGAGGUCCACAGACCAACCUCUGAUAUGGUCACUAUGGAAACAGACGGCCCUGACCUGCAGGAGCCCCUCCUCCUCUCAGUGACCUCAGCUGUGAUUGGACGCUCUGCAGACGGGAUGGAAACGUAAUAACCAUGGUCGGUGUGUCGGUAUGAAGACAGAGGCUCUGGUGUUCGUCAGUCUGCGGAGGUCUCCCUGCUCCUCUGAACUCGUCCGUCGGUCUUUGAGACACUGACUGAUGGUUUGUGCGGCGGCGCUCUGCAGACUCGGCCUCAGGUUCAAUCUGAUCCACAAACAGAAGCAUCAUGUAUGAAAUGAAGUCUGUGAACGCAGAGCGAGUGUCUCUCUGUGAUGAAUGUUCGACUCUCUGAUCAAACCGACUGAAAACCAGAUAAAUUCAUCAAAGUGACGUGUCUGUUUACAGCUCAGUGUGUCCUCUUCUCACCUGACGGAGCUCUGUAAUCACCUCAUCCUCAAACCUCACACACAUUUAUUACUGAUGAUUUUUACUCAAAGACAUCGGAGUGUCUCUGAGCGAGCUGAAACACAAACUCUUCAACCAUCAGAGAACAGAGAACCGUCACAUGUUGGUCAUGUGGUCCGGCUCGAUUCUCCUCUCAGUGAUUUUGUUCCUGCAGAAGAUGUUCCAGCGUUUCUCUGUGAUCCUUUGGCUGUCGCUGUGAGAUGGUAUCUCUUGUGCAGAUGGAGAGAUGACGCCGUUUCAUAAAACGGAAGUACCAAGAAGGACCUCCACAAAGUCACACAAGAGCGUGUCUUAAUACUCUGAAUAUCCAUUGAGAGGAGCAGCUUCGAUGCUUAGAAGUCGUACUUAGACUAUUCGGCAGAUUUGUGAGGGCAUUGUACCACAUAAAAUCAGUCAGUAAGCACAACAAGUAAUCAUGCAUAAUGUCAAAUUCUGAGAAAAGUUAAGGAUUUUAAGUGCGCCCUAUAGUCCAAAAAAUAAGGUAUAUUGUAACUAUUAUUUUUAUGAUCGUUAGUGAAAAACCAACACAAAUGUCACCAGAGGACAAAGACAGAAAGGCUGUUGCUUAUUUUAAACAACAGUCUGCAGGUUCACUUUGGGAUAAAUUUUGUGUUUUUUCUGAGACAAACACAAAACGAUACAAGAGACAAAACAGUCGAAACAAGACUGUCACAUUUUUAUGCAUCAGUCGGCAACAUAACAGUCUUAAAGCUGCAACUGCAACUCUUCCUGCAUUUACCUCCUCCGCCUUUAGGGUCGGAUUCUGGAUCAUAUAUGUGGCCCUGGUGCUGGUUCUCCUGGAGCACUCGCCAAGUUUGCACCCUCCCCUGGCAGAAAGGAUUUGGGUAUCUGGUCAGAACAGCACCUCAUCAUCAUCUCAGUCCAGCUCACUGUGAUCACUGCACGGAUAAAGAGAUUUGGCACUUACCUGGGAUUUCCACCGCAUCCGGAACAGCAGCAAUUUUCACCGUCCGCCAAUUCCUACUGGAUCCGUUUGUGAGGCAAAUUUAAUGGCAGAUUACGGACAGCAGGAAUCACAAGAACUCACAAGAACCCGAGGAUUCACGUUCAAUCACGCGAUAACGAGUUGUCUCUCUAAAGACAGACACAUAGACAUAUAAGCAGUAGAUUGUGUCCUUCCAGAGGAGGAAAUCUACUUCUAGACUUCUAGAAUCAGCAUCUCCUCAUCCAUGGUGUCAUCGGGGUGAAAUGACGUCUAAAAACCUUUCACUUGUUCGUCUCCGCCCGUUUGCAUGGUGUGAAAUACGAUCCUCCUGAAACACGGAGUGUUUUAUUUUGAAAAGAAGCCGGAUGUUUUAUUUUGUGUCUGUGCCCGACUUCCUUUCCAGCACGGGUUAAUCUGUGCUGAAUUUAUCCGCCAUGCUCCGGUGUCCAGAAAAAAUAGAACUCUUGUGAUCAGCUGAGGAGUCCGGCGAUCCGCAGAGGAACGGAAAGAAGUCGGUGUAAAUUGACACGUUAACUUGAAUGGUUACGAUCAGCUACGAUCGGAGGAUACGACCUUUUAGGAGACGUGGAAAUUGCCGGUAAGACUGUGAUUGGUCGGGUCAAAACAAAUCUGAGACUCUGUGCCGAGAAAAAAUAAAUCCACGUAUCGGGGUUAAAGGGUUAAAAUGAUCGGAAAUUGAUCGGACAACUGGACUUAGUUGAGACGUUUCGCCUAAACGUCUCAACUAAGUCCAGUUGUUCUUUUAAGGUAGAAUUCGAAAUCAUUCAGUCCGUUUCCAUUAGACUCGAGAAAACAGAAUUAUCGCUUUAUUCCGAUUAAGACCGGACAACUGAAGGUCAUGUAAACACCUGCAGAUCCUCCUCAGACGCAGAAUUUCUGACGUAUUUUUGUGACUGAAACUCUGCUGAAGAGAAAACGGCCUUCAUAUGAAUCUCAGUUAACUCUCUGCUCUGACAGAUCUUAGUCUGAUCUGGAGUCAGCCUCGGUCUCCUGACACCGACUGUUCCAGAUUCAGGCGCUGAACAUAAAAAUAUAAAAACCACCUGCAGGUGAACGGAGGAGAAAAAGAAACUUUGUUUUUCUUCUGCCAGCCGGAGGGUCACUGUCCGCUCGUUAGCUCCAGUCCCUCGUUAACUCUGAUGAAUUAAUUAAUUAGAAGAGGUAAUUAAUUGGGUCAGUGGCUGCAGGACGAGAGAGAGAGAGAGAGAGAGAGGCAGUUAACGACAAAGACAGUCACCAGAGACGCAACGACUGCAGAGUGAUUAAUUAUUGAUCAAUCAGAGACAAAUGGACCGAUCUGAACGGAUCUACGGUUCGAACGGAACAGGAGCAACAGUGACCUUCCCGUGACCUUCAACAGGUGUAACAGUGACCUUCAACAGGUGUGACAGUGACCUUAAACAGGUGUAACAGUGACCUUCCCGUGACCUUCAACAGGUGUAACAGUGACCUUACCGUGACCUUCAACAGGAGCAACAGUGACCUUCCCGUGACCUUCAACAGGUGUAACAGUGACCUUGACCUCAAACAGGUGUAACAGUGACCUUCAACAGGUGUAACAGUGACGUUACCGUGACCUUCAACAGGAGCAACAGUGACCUUCAACAGGUGUAACAGUGACCUUACCUCGACCUUAAACAGGUGUAACGGUGACCUUCAACAGGUGUAACGGUGACCUUCAACAGGAGCAACAGUGACCUUCCCGUGACCUUAAACAGGUGUAACAGUGACCUUCAACAGGUGUAACAGUGACCUUCAACAGGUGUAACAGUGACCUUCCCAUGACCUUAAACAGGUGUACUGUCUUCUCUCACCUGGGCGUGUUUAUCCGUGUCAGGUAUGAUGAUGCGUUUCCUCUCGGCAGGUCUGACGGCGGCGGCGGCGAUGGCUGAAGCUCUGAAGUUGCAGAAGGUGAGGAUGAUGAUGGGUUUCCAUAGCAACAGCAAUCAGCGCCACCCCAACGGGGCGGAGUCAGAGCCAGAGGACGCAGGUAAGUUGUGACAUCAUCACCUGUGUCUCACCUGAGGAGGUCAGGAGGAUUAAUUCUGCCCCUCCCCCUUCCUGUAGGAGGCAGUGAUGCAUCAUGGGAAAAGGAGCAGCACCUCCUCUCUCCUCCUCCCUCCUCAGUUGCGCCCCCUCCUGGUUCAACAUCUCUCCAUCUUCAGCAGCACAGCGCGCUGUUGGCUAACCGUGAGUCCUCUCACGCUAUCAUUGUUAGCUUAGCAUGUUAGCAUGUCAGAUAUGAUCAUGUGUUUCUCUCCGCUUUGACUCCGCCUCUUCAGGGCUGUCAGACCUCCCUUUUAUGGUAAUGCCCCACCCCCUGCUCCCUGUGGGUCUGCCUCCUGCCAGUGUUGCCAUGGCGAUGAACCAGAUGAGUCAGCUGAGUGGUUUGGCAAACAUGGCCGCCAUGUCCCAGAUCAAAGGAGAAGAGAUCAAGCUAACCGUAAGCGAAAUGCCGAUCACUUUGACGUGUGGAUGCUGAAGCAAACCGUGUCAAAGCUAAUGGUGCUAAAGCUAACAGUGCUAAAGCUAACCAUGUUAAAGCUAACAGCGCUAAAGCUUUAACUUCAGCUCUCAUGUCUGUCAAUGCUAACGAUGACGGUGACGUUUACAAGUGAAGCUGGAAAUCUGUUCCGCUCAUUUGGCGUGAAUCGUUUAUGGACAGAGCUAAAGUUAGCAUAGGCUACGCUAAUCUAGGAGCGCUAGUCUACUGAAGUUCUACAAACUGAAAACGGUGUCAACAAAAGUGAUGCUAAUGGUGCUAAUGCUAACCCUAAGAGUUGUCUCUGUGUAGGACACGCCCCCAGGAAGCCCCUCCCCCUGCCCCUCCCCCAGUGACGAUGAGUUCCAACCCCAGGAACUGACCAGCCAAUCACCUUCCAGAGCGUCUUCAUCAGCCUCAUCAUCACCUCCACCUGCAACGCACACACCUGAGCCAGGUCAGCGCACACACACACACACACACACACACACACACACACACACACAGAAAGACACGUACUGUGCCUUUAAUCUGUAAUAUCUGAGAUCAGCUGAUUUUUGUCAUUAUUUUAUUAUUGUGCUCAUCUUUCCAGUUGUUGUUCCUCCACAGUCUCUUCCGUAUUAUUUCACAUUAUUUUGAACUUCUUUGCUGCUCCGACGGUUCUAUUUUGGUUCUUAUGGUUCCUUUGGUUCUUUGGUUCUAUUUUGGUCUCAGUUUAUGUUUCUUGGUUUUGUCGUUGUUGUUUUUUCACGUUAAGUUUUUUAGAUUUUAUUUGAUGGAUUAAUUUUGGAUGAAUUUUGCUGCUGGAGUUCUCCUGAUAAUUCCACUCCUCAGUGUUCAGACUGUUUAUUUAUCUGUGUGCUGUAUACUGAUCUAUGAUCAUGAUGAAGAGUCCUGGUUCCUCUCUGGUUCCUCUCUGGUUCCUCUCUGGUUCCUCUCUGGUUCCUCUGGUGUUUUCUUACAGUCAGGUUUUUCUCUGGUCCCGUAGAUUAAAGUAAUUGAACGUUCCUUCUCUCUCUCUCAGACGGUGACUCUGCAGAGCAGGAGAACAGCAUGAAGAAGGUGUUGAAGGAGAAAGGUAAACCUGAGUGUGAUGGAGGACAGAUGGUCUCUCAGAAACAGAAACAUGUCUGCAGGCGCUCUGACUCCUCCUCAUAUUUUAUUCAUUAUCACACACUGAACAUCCGUUAUUCUUCCUCACUGAGGUUUAUUCUGCUCUGUCGGUAAAAACAGUUAAAUCUGAAUUAAUGCGAACAGGAGGUGAAGUCCUCUCAGAGGUCCUCACGAAGAUCGACACAAAGAUUUUUCACCUUUUAAGAAACAGCUUUAAAUAUUGAUCGGGUUGUUUGUGGGGAAUAGAGACGGACUUCUGGAUCUUUAAAAGGAGCCGUUUAAAGGAAAAGUUCUUAUAUUUAUUUUUUAGGAGUCAAACAGACGAACUGGUUUUUAAUAAUCAAUCACAGGUCGCAGUCAUGAGCCGUAAUAUGGAUCAAAAUAAUUCAGAUUUAAACGUCCCACUAAUAUAAACUCGAUUGACGGGAUUUAUUCUGAAAUAUUGAUUAGAACUCCAUUUAAGUUGUGUUCUCUCUCUAAACAUCCAUAAGGUGGCGCCGUAUCCCCGCGCUGUCGCAGUCGGAUCAAUAUUCUGAUUUUUUCUUUCCUCACCUAAAAAACUUUGUGUCCAAAUAAAAAACGACACAGGCGGCAGAAAACUUCAAAACCAAAAACUAAACUGUGAGAGAACAAGAAGAUUUCAACGAGAGAAACAAACAGAAGAAUUAACUGAGCGAGUUUCAAACAGAACAAAUUUAAAAUAAAUAAUGCAUAAAUUUGAAUGUUGUAUGUGAUCGCUGACUGUAAUAAUUCAGUAUAAAAAAAUCUCUUUUGUAUGUCGUUUAUUAAAGAUAAUCCAUUCGAUCAGUUUUUUUAAUCUAAAAGCAGGGCGGCAUCAUUUAAAAAAAACUCACAGUAUAAGGUUUAGAAUAAUUAAAAAUUUAUCAGUAUUUUAUUUUAACAAUCAGGGCAGAUGUGGAGAAAAAAUGAGCCUAAAAAAGUAAAAAUGAAUAAUAUUUUUAUAGCUCUAUUUCUUAGAUGAUCAUGUGAUGCACAUAAGAGUUUCAGUGUAAAGAAGAUUAAAGUGACACUAGAAAGUUUAUAAGAAUACAAAUAUAUAUAAAAUAUAUAUUUAAAAAAACUAUCAUUAAAAUAAGAACAUGAUAAAAAUGAUAAAACAUACCACCCUACCUGGGGACACGUAAAGGCAGCGAGGGCGAUUUCUGAUUAGAACGACUCCCAACAGUGAAUCGUUCAAAUGACUGAGUCGUCCGUGAACGUCACAUCUCGAUUGGUUCAAGUCAACAGGAAACAGUCGUUGUUUUUACCUGGUCUCUGCCUGCAGGUGACCUUCUGCUGCCCCUCCCCCUCUUCAAACCAGCCUAUGAGAAGCUGCCGCUCACCACUCAGCAGCUGUCAAUCAGCAGCACAAACCCCGCCUUCUCUCCGUUUCUAUUGGCUGAGGGUCUGUCAUCGAUGGAGACGCUGCUGACCAACAUCCAGGUGACCUGAAGAUAAAAUCAGACGGAGGAUAAAAACGAUGAAGGUUUGAGAUAAUGAAGUGUGUCUGUGUUCUCAGGGUCUCCUGAAGGUGGCGGUACAGAGCGCUCGCUGUCAGGACAGACAAAACCAGACGGAGAGGAAAGAGUUAAAACUGGAGCUGGAGAGAGAGAGAGACGCUCGCCAUUCGCUGCAGAGACAACUGAGCUGCGAGCUACAGACACGAGGUGAGAGAACUACAGACACAUUGUAACUACAGACAUGUUCAAACUACAGACACAAGGUGAGAGAGCACAGACACAGGUGAGAGUCUAAAACUACAGACACGAGGUGAGAGAACUACAGACACAGGUGAGAGAACUACAGACACAUUAUAACUACAGACAUGUUCAAACUACAGACACGAGGUGAGAGAACUACAGACACAGGUGAGAGAACUACAGACACAGGUGAGAGAACUACAGACACAUUAUAACUACAGACAUGUUCAAACUACAGACACGAGGUGAGAGAGCACAGACACAGGUGAGAGUCUAAAACUACAGACACGAGGUGAGAGAACUACAGACACAUUAUAACUACAGACACGAGGUGAGAGAGCACAGACACAGGUGAGAGAACUACAGACACAUUAUAACUACAGACACGAGGUGAGAGAGCACAGACACAGGUGAGAGAACUACAGACACAUUAUAACUACAGACACGAGGUGAGAGAGCACAGACACAGGUGAGAGAACUACAGACAUAUUUAAACUACAGACACAGGUGAGACUGUAAAACUACAGACAGGUGAGAGAGCACAGACACAGACAGGUGAGAGUCUAAAACUACAGACACAUUAUAACUACAGACAUGUUCAAACUACAGACACAGGGUAAAACUGUUUUUGUUAGUUUUUCAUGAUUUUCUGAUUAAUGUUUUUGUUGUCGAAUCUUUUUAAUAAACUGAAUUUAAAUAAAGUUUUUUACUAAAUUUUUUUCCCUUUUCCAAAAAGAAAUAAAGUGUUUCCUGUUUGUGGUAAAAAUAAAAUGAAGUGUUUCCUGUUUGUCAUAAAAAUAAAAUAAAGUGUUUCCUGUUUGUCGUAAAAAUAAAAUGAAGUGUUUCCUGUUGGUGGUAAAAAUAAAAUGAAGUGUUUCCUGUUUGACGUAAAAAUAAAAUGAAGUGUUUCCUGUUUGUGGUAAAAAUAAAAUGAAGUGUUUCCUGUUUUUCGUAGCGUCGAUUCAGCGGCGCCUGAAGAAAGAGAAGAAGGCGAAGAGGAAGCUGCAGGAGGCGCUGGACUUUGAGUCGAGGAGGAGGGAGCAGGUGGAGCGGGCGCUGAAAAACCCCGACCCCGUCACAGGUAAACAUGAAACACCUGAGAGUCUUCCUCUUCUUCUUCCUCUUCUCCUUUAAAUCAAACUCCUGAUGAAAUGAUGGACGUUAAAAUUUUAGAUUUUUUCCUGUAAGAGAAAAAAACUUCAUUUCAAACUUUAAUUAAAAAUAAAGAAGUUUCCAAACAGAGUAAAACAUGUGAGCCGAGGGUUCAAACAACUGCUCAGACUUCUCUGAUCAUGAAGUCCGGUCCAGGUUCUGGUUCUGUCUCUGAUAACAGAGUCUGGUCCAGGUUUGUUCUGGUCCAGGUUCUGGUCCAGCCCAGCUUCACUAACACACUCUUUCUCUUUGUCGUUCAGAUUCUUUGAUUCCUGAGAACAAACUGGAGAAGAAACAAGACAACACUCAGGGUAACACACACACACACACACACACACACACAAACACACACACACACACACACUGAUAAAGAGUGUGUUAUCUUCACACUCACAGCUGAUAUUUAAUUUUUUUUAACAGUUUAAUAAAAUUAAUCGUUAAAUGAAGAUAAUGAACCCUUUCCUUCGUUACCGUCAGACUCACUCACUUUGGUUAAUUACUCUACUGUAGGGGGCGCUCUCAUCUUAACUCUGUGAAUUUGACUUGAUAUUUUCAGUGUUAUUGAAUAAUUCUGUUGCCGUGGUUACCGUCUGAUUUUUACAGCAGACACUUUGACUUUUUGAAAGAUGAGCAGCUGAAAAAAAAAAACGUUAAAAGUGCAGAUUUCCUCCUGAGGAACUUUAAAUAACAAUAAAAAAAAACAUUAAUCAUAAAAACAAAAACAGGAUUGAUGAGUUUUUAUCGUCACACAUGAGAACUUUGACAAACACUCGUUUAUAGUUUCCACUCCGGCCUGUCAGUCUGUGAACGAGUGUUUCUCUCACUCCUCAUCCUGCUGUUACCUCCUCUGACCACAGGGGGCGCCAAAUACAUGAGGAGUGAGAGAGCUGAUUUUUUUUUGUUUUUCUUUAUUAGAAUAAAAAGUCUAGAAUCGGAGUUUGUUCGUUUUUUUUCGUCACUUUAAUUAAAAUAAAAGUAAAAAUCUAAAUGAUUGUUUUUGUUUUUCAGAGAAUCGAUCGUUGAUCAAACCUCCUCUCCUCUUCUGAAACGUCUCCGCCCUCACAGAGAUGAAGAUGAGGAAGAGGAGGCUGACAUGACGGAUGGACCACAGGAAACUACAAAUCCCAUCAGCCACUUCUCUUCCUGCUUUGAUUAGCAUGGAAACCUAUUUGCUGUGUGACACGAGACGCUGCUGCUGCUCCGAACACAAACUGAUCCUGGAGGUUUAAAGAUGAAAUAAAACAAAGAAAAAAACAUGUUUUUGUCGUUUAUUUGCUCUUUUUGCUGCAGGUUCUUGUUUCUCCUGUUUCCUCUUCUUCACUGACUGUUUUAAAUCUUUUUUUUCUGUGUUUGUUUUUAUUCCUCCGUUUGUUCUUCAGUAAAACUUUGUUGUUGUUUUUCUUAAAUGUGCUCUUUGAAUUAAUUUAAGGAGAACCCAGACCAGGUUCUGGAGUCUGAAGGUCAAAUGUCAGGACCGCAUCAGUCCAGUUCUCCUACAGAGUGGACCGUAGGGUCCGGGGGGGGGGUCUGCAGAAACCAGGAUUUACUAAAACAGUUUUAGAUUCUGUCGACUUUGAUCCAGUUUGUUUGUUUUUCUGAAAACUUUUAAAAAACUUAAAAUCAUCAAAUUUUAAAUAUGUUUGAACUUUUAACAUGAAGUCUGAAAAACAAUUAAAAUCUCUUUGAUAAUCAUUAUUAUUAUUAUUAUUAUUAUUAUUACUGUUAUUAUCAUCAUCCGUGUUUUAAGUGUAAAUAAACUGAUCUGAUCUACCUGAGCAGGUGUGUUUAUUGUUCAUCUGUUUCUCUGAUUAUUGAUCAUCUGAUCAGGUUUCAAUCUUUCAUCUUCUUUGAAUUUACACUUUAUAGAUUAUUUAUCAAGUAUCAAUAACGUGUCAUUUUGAUGACAUCACUCUUCUGCUCACUGAUUGGCUGAAAGAUUCAAGAAAUAAAAAAAACUUCAGAAAUACUGUGUGUGUGUGUGUGUGUGUGUGUGUGUGUGUGUGUGUGUGUGUGUGUGUGUGUGUGAGGUGAAUGGAAUCAUGAAUUUUUGUGUCCUAAGAUUAACCUGCUGUGUUAAUAACACACACACACACACACACACACACACACACACUCCUUGUUCACCUUUUGGCUUCGUCACCACCUACACAUAGAUCUCCGCCCUGAUUGGUCGGUUCAGUCUGUCAGUGUGAUGAAUGGAGCAGCAGAGCAGGAAGUCAGUCGACCAAUCAGAGAGCAGAUCAGCUCA